UCGUGGGAUUACAUUUUUGAAAGUGACCGCUAAUAAUCGUGAAUUAAAUUAUUUUAUUGCAAAUCAAUGGAUUCAUCUCAAAAUCUCAAGUAUUCUACGAAUAUUUUGGGCAAUACGAGUAUUGGAACAAAUAGCAUACUUGUUAAUUCAUGAGGAAAUGAAAAAUGAACCUUUGUUUGUAGUUGUAAAAUAUUUGUUAAUUAGAGGUUGUGAUACAUUUACUGCAGUUGUAGGAAUGACAAGUUUUGUAUCAUUUUUUUGCUAUGUUAUUGGAGACUUCUUUCGAACGAUAUUAAUGACUUCAGAUGACGAAACUAUGAGCAUUGAAAAUUUAUCUGCUACAUUAUUUUAUAUACUAGCUGUACUAACUGGACUAACACUCAUAGAGCCAGAAGAGCGUUUUAUGGGACUAUAUCGAAUAUUUUUUUUAAUUUUUGGUCUCUUAGUGAGUUUUAUUCAUAAUAUGGCUAGUCCAUUAUUAUUGUCUAUGGGUAUAUCUUAUAAUUCUUCACUACAUAGGCACUUAAGACCUCUUUUUGUUAGCGGAUUUCUUUUAAUGGUUUCUUUUUUUACAUUGAUGUACUUGUGGUAUUCCAAUCUAAUGAGCAAUUGGUUAAUAGUAGUUUCUUCUUUAAACAUUCAAAAUAUCAUACAAAUAUUUGUGACGUUAAAUGUAUAUUUAUUAUUAAUUAUUGAUCAUAGCAUACCAUUUGAAGAAAAAUUGGACGAUUAUGUGUUCUAUAUCCAAUCAUUUGGCUGUGCGGUGACUUUUUGUUUUGGCGUCGUUUUUUUUUUACAUGGUAUUUAUAAUACGAUUUACAUACCUGAUAGUUUGGCCCAUGCACCCAUGAUAUUUUUAGAUACAUAUUUGGUUGUAUGGUGUGGCAUUAAGAAAGGAUGGAAAAUAUUCAUUAGACGUCGUCUAGCCACGCUCAAAAUUGAAUCUUUAGCAGAUGCAACUAUUGAUCAAACAUUAUUAAUUAAUAAUCAUUGUCCUAUAUGUUUUCAAAUAAUGAAAUCAGCAAAAAUUACCAAUUGCAAUCAUUAUUAUCAUGGAAGAUGUCUACGUAAAUGGCUCUAUAUAAAGGAUUACUGUCCAAUGUGUCAUACUAUUGUAUCUGGACAUAAAAAUCAAACACCAACCACUGACUGAACAUAAACCAUUUUAACAGUGUUUAAAAUAUUUUUGAAAUUGAUAAUUUUUGGAUAUUUUUAAUUGAUUUGAUUUUUUCAUAUACUUAAACAUGCUUUAUGUA